GUUCUGUCUUCGCGCUGGUAAGAGCAGGGUGCACGCCCUUCCAACUGUAACACACGUGUUUGUGGAGAAACAGACUUGCAUCUAAAUCAUCGCUAAAGCGGAUGGAAAAAUGGAACUCAUCAAACUGAAGAUUAAUUGAAAAACUUGUACAAAAUGGGGGCCAAUCAAUCUGCUAGGAAUGAGAAGAGCUUCUAUGGGGAGGAAGUGAACUUCGAUCAUUUUCAAAUACUGAGAGCCAUUGGAAAAGGAAGUUUCGGCAAGGUAUGCAUCGUGCAGAAGAAGGAUACGAAACAGAUGUUCGCAAUGAAGUAUAUGAACAAACAUCAAUGUAUAGAAAGGGAUGCUUUGAAGAACGUCCUUCGUGAAGUGGAAAUAUUGACAAGGCUCGAACAUCCAUUCCUCGUGAAUAUUUGGUUCUCUUUCCAAGAUGAGGAAGAUCUCUUCAUGGUCACAGACCUGCUGCUGGGUGGAGAUCUAAGAUAUCAUAUUCAACAAGCUGUACACUUCUCGGAAGAUGGCGUGAAACUUAUGGUUUACGAGUUGGGUUUAGCCCUCGAUUAUCUACAAUCUAAAAAAAUUAUUCAUAGAGACAUCAAGCCUGAUAAUAUACUUCUGGAUGAGAUAGGCCAUUUCCACAUAACUGACUUCAAUAUAGCCACAGUACUGGAAGAUAAUCAUCUUGCCACUUCAAUGUCGGGAACAAAGCCAUAUAUUGCUCCGGAGAUUUUCGAUUGUGCAAUGGAAUUAUGCGUCGGAUACUCGUACGCUGUUGACUGGUGGUCCCUAGGAGUUGUUGCUUUUGAAAUGCUGAGAGGAUCAAGACCUUUCGACAUUCAUUCAAAUACAUCGAUACAAGAGGUGCGAAUUCUAUUUCAAAUGGGGGUUGAAUAUCCUCGCGUUUGGAGCGAGUCGAUGGUGGAUUUGAUAUCGAAGCUCAUCUGCAUAAGUCCUGGAUUGAGAAUAUCAAACAUAGUUGAACUGAAGCAAGUGAAGUGCCUGCAGAAAUAUGACACGGAUGCUGUACUUGAGAGGCUUUAUCAUCCUUCAUUUCAACCUCCGAAAGACCACCUCAACUGUGAUCCCACAUUCGAAUUAGAAGAGAUGAUAAUAGAAACGAAACCAUUGCAUAAAAAGAAGAAAAGGCUGGCCAAGCAGAGAUCUAUUCGUGAAAUUCAAAACCCCGCUAGCCUAGAAUUGGUAAGGUCUAUGCCCAUUUCACAUAGUGAAAGUAAUAUGGCACUUAUUUUCAACCGACUUCAGAGGAUUUUCUGUGACACGGAAUCACCUAUGGAAUCCCCGUUCUCUAUUAUUCCGGAUUUCAAAAUUUAUAACAGGUAUCAUGAGAUGGAGCGAAAGCUGAGGGAGGAAAAGGAGCAGGCUUGGGAGAAAGAACUGCAGAACGCAAUGGACUCGUCGGACCCGCUAACGGGUUCGCCUCCUGGAGAUGAUUCGACCGAAUCCAGAGGCUGCUCCAGCAAAUCACAAGAAUUUGAUCGUCACGGUCCCACGGGAACCGGGAAACAGGACUCAUCUAACGAACCGAGAAAUAAACUGCUGUCGAACAAUGGACAGUUGUUGCAGAUACCAGAAAAGGAAGAGAUCGAGGGAAAUGAAGUUCAGAAUAAGUUGCAGAAUCUCGAUUUUAUCGAUAGGACUCCCUCGCCCAACGAGAAGAGUACGACAAAUCAGUAGAGCUUUAAUUUUAUAGAUACCCUUUCUAUAAACGACCAAUCGUAAUAUUAUAUAGGAGAAUAAUCUAUGAUUAAAUUCUAUUUUUGUA